ACGAUAUAAAUACAUCAUGUUUAUACAAAUAUUUAUGUAUAUGCCCAACAACCGUAGUGGUGCCCAAUGCUAAAAUACGCGUCGCGUGCUGCCCCCAACUCCUCCCCGUCGAGCCCCGUCAGUUGUGCUGCGUCGAGAAGCCUCCAUCGCCAUUCAUCGUUUGUCACUCGCGUCGCCUGGUUUUCCUCAUUUUCCAAAAAAACCGAGAAAAUCCAAAGAACACUCCUGCAGCGACAACUGGCCGAGGAGGAACCACCAAGUGGACGCCACGAAGGUGCUCAGCAAGGAAGCGAGUGAAUCAACGUGAAUCGAAUGACUCUGGCACCGAAUCUGAUGGUGAACUCCUCGAUGUGGAAAGUUACUUAGACGUGGAUAUGGAAACUAGUGUUGCUGGCCAAAAGAUAGCUCCUGCAAUGAUGUGUCACCAGCAGACCUCCUCCUCGUGCGCCCAUCUCAUGUACGACCAGCACAGCUCCGAGGAGGAGCUGGAGGUGAUCAACGGACCCUCCUCGCAGGGCGGCCAGCAUCCCGGGGGGACCGCAGCGACGGGCGGGUCCUCGUGCGCCUCCCGGGUCUCGAACCGGGGGUGCGCCUCCUCUCUGGACACGGAGGCGCCCUUCGAGGAGCGGGCCACCACCUCCAACUCGAAGCGCUCCAGCUCCUCCCUGAUGGUGGAGAACCGGAAGCGGUCGCUGGCCCACAGCUCCGACGACGAGCUGCGAAACUCGCUGGAGCCGAUCUUGACGCCAGUUAAUUUCCGCACAUCGCCGCCAUUGGAGGCGUUCAAGCCAAAUCGAAGCCAUAUGAUGUUCCGCUCCACGACGCCACUGAUAUUAUCGGAGGCCCGAUGUGGCAUCGAAAAUAUUAAAUUAUGUGAUAAUAGUGUAAACGAGGAGAAUGGCGACAACGGCGGCGGUGGCGGCGGCGGCAAGUGCGCCAAAAUCGGGACUGGGUCCGGGAAUGGCGGCAACGAGAACGAGCCGAGUGUGAUCAAGGCCUGCAGCAGCUCCCUGAAGAUGAGCAACAGCAGCCACCACAUAUACCAGCCGCUGCCGAAGUACAGUUUCCACUACAACAGCUCCCGGAGCAGUCCGGCCAGCACCACGGGCCUGGACAACAUGGAGGUGCGGUCGGUCAGCCCGCCGGCGAAGCUGUUCCACUGCGCCAUAUCGCCCCGGAGGCGUCCGAGCAACAACUCCAGUGCGCCAGCGGGAUCCUCCGCAACAGUAUCGGCAUCUUCGUCAUCCACAACGACACAAAACGCUGCCAACUCUGCCGGGAAUGCCGCCUCCGCCGCCGUCGCCGCCACACAGAGACUGCAGCGACCGCAUCGGCCGUGUUUAGAUUUUGAUAAGAUGCAGCAGGUGAGUCUCUAAUGCAGAGCGGGCUAACAGCUCACCGAGGACGGAGGACGCAGGUCGGAGGACAACGGAGGCCAGCAAGGUAACGGAUAGGGGCAAAUCAAAGACUUUUUAUACGCAACCUCAACAGGAACAGGAACCGAAACAGAAACCGUAACCGUAACCGAAACCGAAUCCGGAACUAGAGACAGCUACGUACCUUCAGGCCAGAGAGCACACCAGUCCGAUCUAGAAAGAACAGUCGGAGGAUAACAAGGUCCAAACCAAACUAUAUGAACCACAGCGAGCCGGAGCAGCGGCAGGAGCCGAAGGAGAACCAGCCCGAGGAGAAUAUCAUCAAAUCAAAUUAUAUAAUUAUAAAGGUACUUCAAAUUUUAAAGCAAACCAGCAACCAGAAACCAAAACGAGAACAAGAAACCUAAAAUUUACAAUAGAUGCAGCUAUUUUUUCACAAUUUUAAAUGGAAACAGUAACGAGUCAAGGACGCAGGUCCAGAUUCCAGAGAUG